AUGAGCCUCCUGGACAUGUCCUUGACGGGUGCUGGGGGUGUGGAGGGGGUUUUGGUGCCGUGCAACCCGGAGGCGGUUGACGGUAUCCAAAUAAGACCGGGCAUGGAGGAGGCUGGUAUGGAGGUAGACGGUUGUCGACCUGAGGCCAGGGUGUCCUCCUUCCCGGAGAAGGUUAGGAUCGUAGGAAGGGAUCUAGAUAAGCUCCUUCUCGCCGAGAAGGAGAAGAAGAAGUUGUCGGCGGCCGCUCAUCGGUCAAUUUUGGAAAUUAGGGAUAGGUACGAGGUUCUUCUGGAUGAGGCUUGCCGGCAGAACACCGUUCUGCUGGGAAGGAUAGAGGAGGCCAGGACAAGGCAUGUGUGUAGGGCGCCGGAUAGGGUGACGGCUAAGGUCACCGAGAAGAAGGAGGCGCCACCUCCGAAGGUGGGGGUGAAAACAAAGCCCCCUAAGAAGAAGCAGGUGGAGGUACCCGUACCUCCAUCGAAGAAGAAGGAAAAAACCGAAGGGCAAUUCACAGAGGUGGUGUCCAAGAAGACGAGGAAGAAGAAGAAGAAGAAGGCCAUCAAGACAGCCGAGACUGCGGGGCCGUUGGCCCCUGAUAAGACGCGUCGAGCCAUUGAUAAGGUGAAGGCAAGGGCUCCGGCCCGUGCCUUCAUCGUGUCGGUCGGCGAGGCGGGCACCGGGGAGGCCAAGAGGCAACUCUGGGCCGACCUGGUUAAGGGGGUGGGGGCCCCCAGGAUCAGUAUUGCAACAUCACUCCCGAGAGGAGACAUCUUGGUGAAGCCGGCGGAUGAGGGCACGUACAAAGCCCUCAAGGACAUGGAGGUGGCAGGGAAGAGAGUGAGAGAGGAAGCGGCCAAGUGGCCGACUGUCCUGAUUUAUGACGUGGACAGGGAUGUGACGCGUGAGAGUCUACCGGGGAGGAUCGUGGAUCAGAACCAGGAGCUAGGUUUGGACAAGGAGUCUGUCGUACCCCUCUUCAUGAAGGGUAGCAAGACAGACGAGCAGGUCUGGUGGGUCUGCUCCGUCAGGCCUAGCAGCUAUAGGCUAGUCGUAGGGAAGAGCCUAUACAUUGGCAUGUCCAGGUGCAGGGUAAAAGAGUACGUUGACGUGGUCAGGUGCUUCAAGUGCCAGCACUUCGGGCAUAAGGCCUCUAAGUGUCAGGCGAAGGUGGACACUUGUGGGCGCUGUGCAGUCCAGGGUCAUAGGGCUAAGGACUGCCAGAGAGCGUCAGUCAAGUGCGCCAACUGUGGUCUGAGGUUCCAGUCGGGACACAAAGACUGCUCGGCUUUGGUGAAGGCGACCUUCAUGGUCGCUCGUAGGACAGAUUUCGGAAAGAAAUGA